AUGGAUCUCCUUCAGCAAUACUCAGAGGACCAAAAUGACGACGAUCCAGGCUCGCCAUCCCAAAACCCUAGCUCUCCGCCGCGCCUCCUCCAGGGCCGUUCUUGCGCGCCCGAGGUGGACGACACCAUGCUGGCCCUCACCGUCUCCUCCUCUUCGGCCCUCUCGCGGCCCAUCGACCCGACCCAGCAUCUGGUGGGCUUCAACCCGUCUUACGACCAGCUCUGGGCUCCCAUUCAGGGUCCCGCCCACCCCUACGCCAAGGACGGCAUCGCCCAGGGCAUGCGUAAUCACAAGCUCGGCUUUGUCGAGGACGCCGCCAUCGAACCCUUCCUCUUCGACGAGCAGUACAACACCUUCCACAAGUUCGGCUACGCGGCCGACCCCUCCGCCAAUAAUUAUGUUGGCGAUCUCGACGCCCUUCGCUCUAACAAUGCCGUCUCCGUCUACAACAUUCCCCGCCACCAGCAGAAAAAGAGGCGCAAAACCGAAGCCAAGGACAAGAAAAUAUCUGACCAAAACGACGACGAAGGCGCCAGCGACAACGAGGAUGGAGAAGAAGAGAUUGAAAACCCGGCCUCCGAGGCGUGGCUUCUGAAGAACAAGAAGAGCCCCUGGGCAGGGAAGAAGGAAGGGUUGCAAGGAGAGUUGACGGAGGAACAGAAGAAGUACGCGGAGGAGUAUGCGAAGAAGAAAGGGGAAGAGAAGAGUGGCUUUGGUGGGGAAAAAGUUGAGGUUGUUAAAGAUAAGAGUACCUUUCAUGGGAAAGAGGAGAGGGAUUAUCAGGGUAGGUCUUGGAUUGCGCCUCCUAAGGAUGCUAAGGCUAGUAAUGAUCAUUGUUAUAUACCUAAGAGAUUAGUUCAUACAUGGAGUGGACACACCAAAGGGGUUUCCGCUAUUCGGUUUUUCCCUAAGUAUGGCCACUUGAUUCUCUCUGCAAGCAUGGAUCACACGGUUAAGAUUUGGGAUGUUUUCAACUCUGGCAAGUGUAUGAGGACUUACCAGGGACAUUCGGCAGCUGUAAGGGAUAUUUGUUUCAGCAAUGAUGGGACCAAGUUUUUGAGUGCUGGUUAUGACAAGAAUAUCAAGUAUUGGGACACUGAAACGGGGCAGGUGAUAUCGACUUUCUCCACUGGGAAAAUUCCCUAUGUUGUGAAGCUUAAUCCGGAUGAGGAUAAGCAGAAUAUUUUGUUGGCUGGAAUGAGUGACAAGAAGAUUGUUCAGUGGGAUAUGAAUAGCGGACAGAUAACUCAGGAGUAUGAUCAACAUUUGGGGGCUGUGAAUACCAUAACCUUUGUUGAUAGCAACAGGAGAUUUGUUACUUCCAGUGACGACAAGUCCCUCCGGGUGUGGGAAUUUGGUAUUCCUGUGGUGAUCAAGUAUAUUAGUGAGCCCCACAUGCACUCUAUGCCUUCUAUUUCGCUUCAUCCGAAUGCCAAUUGGCUUGCGGCGCAGAGCUUGGAUAACCAGAUACUUAUCUAUAGCACAAGGGAGAAGUUCCAACUUAACAAGAAGAAGAGGUUUGCAGGACACAUUGUAGCGGGAUAUGCCUGUCAGGUCAAUUUUUCUCCGGAUGGGCGAUUUGUUAUGUCAGGGGAUGGUGAGGGGAAGUGUUGGUUCUGGGACUGGAAGAGCUGCAAGGUGUUCAGAACACUCAAGUGUCAUGAGGGGGUUUGCAUUGGUUGUGAGUGGCAUCCCUUGGAACAGAGCAAGGUAGCGACGUGUGGCUGGGAUGGGAUGAUAAAGUACUGGUAA